UAGACUAAAGACAGACACAAACGGAGAGCGCUCGUUUGUUGCCACUUGCUUGAGAUCGCACGCUCGCCAGGAGAGAGAGAAAGAGAGAGAGAGGGAGGUAGAGAGACUCUGAGAGACAGUGAGUAAGAAAGAGAGAGAGAGAGAGAGUUAGGGAGAGGGAGGGGGAGAGAGCCACACGGUCAAAUUGAGCUUUAUCUAUCGCAGUGGGUCACUUAAUAAGAGCCAUUUGGAGCCAGAGGCGACCCGGAGCGCGCAAGAACCGCAGUCAGGGGGCAGAUCAUCAUAAUAAGAGAAGCAGUCAUAAUCACAGAGGCCAGCAGCAGAGAGCACAUUGCUCCACACAGGGAAGAAAAAACACACACAGACACGGAAGAGAGUUGAGUCUAAGAGAAGCUGAGUGAGGGACGGACGGCGAGAAACACAGCUGAACUUUUACUGUGCGGGAUCAUUUUUUAAAAAAAAAGAGGCUAAAAAAAAGUGAAACUCAAGUGGCCGAGAAGUGUUGGUGAAGAUGCCGCGGGUAGUUCCGGACCAGAGGAGCAAGUUUGAGAAUGAGGAGUUUUUCCGCAAGUUGAGCAGGGAGUGUGAGAUUAAAUAUACUGGGUUCAGAGACCGGCCCCAUGAGGAGAGACAAGCCCGCUUCCAGAAUGCCUGUAGGGACGGACGGUCAGAAGUAGCCUUUGUAGCUACAGGUACCAACCUCUCUCUCCAGUUCUUUCCAGCUAACCUGCACGGAGAUCAGAGGCAGGUUCCAACAAGGGAAUACGUUGACUUUGAAAGAGAGACAGGAAAGGUCUAUUUAAAGGCCCCCAUGAUCUUGAAUGGGGUGUGUGUGAUCUGGAGAGGCUGGAUCGACCUACAGAGACUGGAUGGGAUGGGAUACCUGGAGUAUGACGAUGAGAGGGCACAGCAUGAGGAUGCUUUGGCCCAGGCAGCUUUUGAAGAGGCUCGACGCAGAACCAGAGACUUUGAAGACAGAGACCGAUCACACAGAGAGGAUCUAGAGGACCCUGUGGUUUCUAAAAUCUGGGACUGAUGACACACAGACAGACAGCCAGCAGAAAAGAACAGGUCCAGACGACAGCAGGACCCCAGCCCUGGCUCAAACAUGGCCAACGCUGACGUGGAGCACAAGAUGCGCUGAGGAGGAUGAUGAUGGAGGAAGUAGUGGAAGGAGGAAGAGGAGGAAACCAGGGCUGGUAGUCCAUUCACUUUCAACACAAUCAACUGAAAAGAAAAGUCAACCCAAACUGCAGUUGCAGAUCAAUUGUUUAUCAUUAUUUCCUAACAGGUUUGAUAUGAUCAUUUUCACAUGCCAAACUUUUUUUUUUUUUUUUCAAUAUUUGAAUGUAGAAGAAAAUAAACUUCCUGAAUUGAUUGAAUUGAAAGUGAAUAAAAGCCAUAGAAAAGAGGGUUUAAAAGGGUUAAGGCCACAACAGACCUGGGCAAAAAGUAGUCAAAUAUAUUUUAAUACAGAGGAAGAAACAUGAGCAGUUGAUUUAGCAUUAUAUUGUAAAUGUGACACAUCCAGAGACAAAGUUGUUUCUUGAGUCAGAUGAGAGUUUCAGAUAUAAAAGGAAAGAUCAGAUAUUUUUUGCCCAGGUCUAAAAGGAUUUGAUGGGCAGGGGUAGUUUCAAGUACCAAAAGUAUAUUUUCUAUUAAUACAAGAUGUUGAAAAUAGAGGAAGAGGGGUCGCAAGGGGGUAAAGAUGUCAUUAAUGGGGGGAGGAGGAAGAGAGAUGGAGGCUUUGUUUGGCUCAGGGUCACGAUCAGGGUUUAUUGGUCAGGAUUACCAGUAGAGCAUGCAUCAAAAAUGAGGUGCUGACAGCUGAUUAUGUGUUGUUCAGUGUUGUGCAACACUUCACAUUUGUGAACAUGCCCCCCACCCCCCCACUAUAGCCAGCUCACUUCCUGAAACCUGCUGUUUUCUGAGACCAAAGUUCACUUUGCUGGAAAGGGGAGGGAGGGGGGAGGGAGGCAGGGGAUUAAAGAGGGAGAGACUUAAAGUUACAUUUAAAAAGAUGUGUGGAGAGCAUCCAGAAAGAAGUUUGCCAGGUUGUAGGGUUCAGAAGUGUUUGCUGUACUAUAAUUUCAAUUAUUUCUCUAAACAUCACUAUGGUGACAUGUCCAUGAAAGUAGAAUCACAGGUAAUGUAGCAACAACCUGGAGGCGGGACAGUUAACACUGCUGCAAACUCCGCUAUCUUUGGCUCUGGAAGCAAUUGGGGAAAUGAUGGGGUGUUUUUGUGUGUGUGUGUGGGGGGAGGGUUCAGUUCAAACGUCCUUUGUCUUCCAAGGGGUUUUGCACUAUGUGAUACAAUCAGUCUUGUUCUCCGUGUGGAUUUUCUUUAUAUGCAUGAAACCAAACACAGGCCUACCUAUGUUCUUUGUUGUUCCCUAUGCAACCUAUUUAUCGUCAGAGCACUCUCUGUACGGCGCUUUGAUCAGGAAUAAGUGGGUGAUUCAAGGUUAUGUCAUCAUGUGUGUCCAGCAGCAUGCUCAAAAGAGCACAAAGCAUCCAUAUUCUUAUGGCACAUUUUCCCUCAUGUCAAUCUGUGCACUCAUCUGAAGUGUAACUAACUUUGUCAGAGCCCAGGUUUGUCAUAACACGACUCACUGUACAGGGAAACCAUGUAUCUCCAGACUUUGGUGAUUUUGAAUUUUUCAGAAAAACUGAAGGAUCAAGUGCUCCUCUAUGGCCUGAGAAAAAUUUCCUAAUUCAUCUGGCAAAUUCUGUUUUUUUUUUUUUUUUUUUUUUUUUUUUUUUUUUUUUUUUUCAGAAAAUGUAUUCUCACAAAGCUUAAAAACUUGGCUUUUUCCUUUGCUCACAAGAAGUUGAUGUUUGGAGCUAAGUGGUUUUUACCAGACAGCAAUGAUAGGUAACAUACUGUUGUAACAUACUACUAAUUAAAUGGAUAUCAGCCAAGACGUAAGCUCACGAUCUCUUCAAAGUCACACCAUACACAUACUGCUGUCACCUCUGCUACAGAAAAUUUGGAUUGCAAUCAACAUUAAUAAUUUAUUGUCUCAGAUUAUAGACUGUAUAGUCUAUGGUACAGAUCCAACUAUAUAUUAUACACGCUAUUGAUCGAUCAAUCACCCACAGAUUCCUUAUCACUGAAGGACUGGAAAUGCCUAAAUGCAGUCUAAAUACUAUUCCCUGUCCUGUUACAGCACUAGUGUAAUGAAAUGGUAUGUUUUGUUAUCUUAUCGUUUUGUUUGUGUGAAAGUCAUGAUGUUUACUUUUUAUAUUACUUCUCUCUCUGUAUAUGUAUUCAUUUGUCCAUCUUUCAGCUUUGUUAUGAACUAGUAGAAGCAGCGGUAGGCUAUUUUAUGUUAAGAUGAAAAUUACAAAAUGUCUCCAGACAUUUGGGAGUUUUGAGGACUUUUGUCGCUUUUGUUUUUCAUGUGUUCUUUUUAUUAAUGUUCUUUUUAUUGUUUUUUUUUUUUCUUCAAGGAAAUCCACUUCCUGGGUUAAAUACAUUGAAUGUGGAUUGACUCAAGCCCUGACAAUGUUUUUAUAUUGUGCAACGAGAAGCUCAUUUCAUUUUCCAGUGUGUGACAUUUACUGCACUCAACGGUUUUAUUCUAAUUAUUAUAACCUAGAAAAAUCUUUUGUUCAUACUUUUCUUUCUUCUCAGUAUGACUUAUUAAGAAGUUUGAACUUUACAUGAACUAAGAAAACUGAUGAUUUUUUUGUACAUUGAUAGCCAUGUGUUUGUAACAAUUUUCGGUAAGUUCUUUUGGCGUAAAGAAAUGUUGUUGUUGUCAAAAAAAAAAAAAAAACAAUAGUUGAAAUUAAAAUAAAAAGGUGAAAAAGAAGCGAUAAAUUAUCAAUAAAUUUGCUGACAGGAUCCCAGCCUGACAGGCUACAGAGAGGUUAUAUUGUUUUUAAAGACCUCAGAAUGCAAAAUAACUAAAGGGAACUGUUUAAACUGUAAAGAUAACAAAUUUGUCAAGUUUUCUACAACCCCAUUCUCCCAGCAUCUCGAGCCAAAUCAGUCAAGCUCAGGGUACAACAAAAAAAAACACAGCAGGAUUUUCAUCCUGACAUUUUGGAGGAUGUAACUGGGACAACCCACGGUCAGAAAAGUAACUUUCUUACUGGUAGCUUCAGUUAAUAUUUUUCCCACAGAGAUUUGGGAGACUGGGGAAGAAAGCUUAAUGUUUCAGUUUUUCUCAGAGUGUUGUACUGAUCCCAUAAAGUCAGCGUGUGACCCGGUGCUUAAUUAGUUGAAGAAUGUGGGAAACAGACUUUCUGUCUAAGGGCACCUUCAGCAUGAUAAGUAGUUGAUUUUUGUGGUCUGGGUUCAGUUUGGUAUUGUGAUUAACCAGCAGAUGAUAAGUGAAGUGGCAUUAAUGACUGUGGAAAAGGUAAAGGAGUAGAGGAAGGAAUUAAAACAUUUGGGAGCAUGAAAUUGGUCCAAGAUAAGGCUCAGGUCAUGUUGGUUAAAGCUGUCAUAGAUUUACAUUAACAGAGGCUGUUAUGUUUCCAUGAGGUAGAAAAUGUUUAAGGAUCAGGGAACCUGUAAUUCGUGAAGUGUAAAUGGUGGUAGAAAACUGCAUUUUCAGUCACUGGUUUACCAGUAUUAAGACUAAAGGAAACUGAUAGUGGAUAUGAACCAGUGCAGUACAAUGAGAGACAAGAUGUACAGUAGGUGUCAGAAACAGGAUGGUUUGGGAUGGCCUUUGUAAGUUACUUCAACAAUGGGCUAAGCUGUCCACUGCCACAAAGUUUACUUUAACAGCUAUUACUACGGUGAUGAAUCUUAGAAAUAACACCACCAAACAUUGGUGGUCUCAUGAAAUCUGAGGAAAAAACUCCAGCAACACUUACAGUAUAAAGAAAAACUUUAUUCUAAGAUCAACACGUUAGAGCUUGUGGCUUUCAUUAGACUUGUGGGUCCCUAGGUCCCUGAUGAAGGCCACAAGCCGAAACAUGUCAGUCUAACAACAAUGAAAUUGUUCUUCAUACUACAAAUGUUGCUGGAGUUUUUAUCUCCUCAGGCUGUUUCCCUUCUCCAUGCACCGUGGAAGUAGAUGAAGUUGUGCCAGAAUUCCCUCCUCUGCUUCUAUGGGUCUCAGCUGAAAAUAUAUCUUUAUGGAUUUAAACAACAGAGAGGAAUCACUUGUAAACAACCAACUAUGUAAAAUUUCUAGGUUGUCAUAAGUAGGUGACCACACCCCACACCAGCCCAGUGUAUCAUUAUACCAUUAUUUAGUAAAUCCAUGUAAACAUCUUAGUUGAUACUCCAUCCCUCAAUUUUCUUAAUGCAGGCAUUAAGGCAAACCAUCUCAAUUCUUUUUUCUUUCUUUCUUUUUUUUUUUUACAGAAACUGUUUAUCUUCUUAUUUGUUUAAGUUAUUUAUACUUUGGUUUUAUUUAGAGAUCCAAAGAAGAACUCUGUGAUAUCUAGUGGCUUGUACACACUCUGUAAGUUUCUCGUUCCUGUGUGUGUGGUCUGUCUUUUCCUCUGUUUUAGGGUUGAGCUUGUCCUCUCAGAGGAAUUUGAAAUAUGAGAUAUUCAAUUCAAAAUGUUAGAUGUUUUUCAUAAUAAACAUGUAUGAAUUCA